CACGACUAUGUCACCAACACUUACCAAUGUUGUGACAUUUUCCGCUAUCCUCACGCCUCCUCCUUCCUCUCCUCUCUGCGAUGACAGCAGCCCGCUCCCUCAAUCACACGUCGAGCCUCCCCCAUCCUCUCCACUCACUGCACCAGCCGAGCAACCCUCAACCCCCCUAACCUCCCAAGAACUCCGCGCCUCCAUCCCCGAACCCUCUCUCCACAGAAUGGACACCGGCUGCGGUCGCCCCGCAGUCCUCUCCUCCUCCAUCCCCGAAUCCGUCGCAAAGUCUCGGGUGGGAGAUCAGUUGAUCAGAGGGGAGAAAAGGAAGGGAUCGUUGGCGCAGGUGUCUACGCCGGUGAUUGAUGGGACGUAUCAGCCGCGAAAUGGGAAUAGGGAGAAGAGGAGGAAGGCGAAGGAGAAGCAACAGGGAGGUAAGGAAGUUCAGACAGACGAGGUGGUCAAACCCGUUCCAUGGCAGAGCGGUACAAAACCCGAUUCUUACGUCGAGGGAUACGUCGCAGGCCUUCCUGAGGUGCUCGCUUUCCUUCAGUCGGCUGAUGCGGACAAGGAAUACGGUCACCGUGUGGUUCAUUACUGCGAAGGAGCUCCCAUCAUUGGCGAUUCUGUAAGUGAUACAGUCACCGACGAUGAGAUUAUUGAUGACGGAGCCGACCUCCAGGAUGGUUUCACCGAGGAGGAGAUCAGAGCUGCGAAGGCUUCGAGCGCUUCCAAAACUAUCACCAAAGGAAAGGGUAAGGCAACACCAUCACGGGCAAGAUCCUCGUCUGCACCAGAGAAGUACACGAGAGUCAACAUUGAUUACGCCACUGCUGAUGGAGUUAAGCGCACUGCUUGCCUUCGUUUGCACAAGAGCGUCAGCAUCAACAACCUCACUAUCACUGUGGAGCCUUCAACAUAGAGAUAGCAAAUACCAUAGCUAGAUAGACAUAGAAUAAAUUAUACCCAAGACUUGAUAUAAG